AUGGCGCGGCAGACGAGCGAUCUACAGGGGCGGGUUCAGGCGGCGCACCAGUUCGAUGAAGGUGCUCUUCUGAGAUACGUCCGAGCAAACGUCGAGGGUUUCCCCUCCAAACUCCUUAAAUUCACCGUCGCCCAGGUACGUGAACGCCAGCCCCCGCUGAUGCGGAGUUCGUGCCUCUCAUUCCCUGCGCCCCAUCCCACGCUCGUCCUGCUUCUGUCGACGAGAUGCUGAGUUCUUAUUUCUUCUUCCACUCGACUUCUUCCCCACCCACCCACCUCCGCCCACCGUUUUUUUUCCGUUUUGCAGUUUGGGCAUGGGCAGUCCAAUCCGACAUUCUUACUGGAGGCCGUGGGGGAAGGGCGAUCGGGUACGUUGGUUAACCGGUACGUGCUAAGGAAGAAGCCCCCCGGUGAGAUAUUGCAAUCGGCUCACGCUAUUGAAAGGGAAUUCCAAGUAAGAAUUGGGAACCCAUCGGAAGGAAUGUUUCGUUAAAGCAAUCAGAUGCAAUCACUGUGCCCCCUUCCCUCUCCCCGCCCCCUCUCUGCCUUCUCAAUCGAAGGAACGGCUUUCGUAUUACUUCUAUUUUUUCUGCCUUCAAAACCAAUGUAGAACCUAAUUUUGAGGGAAGCUUGAUAAAUAUUUUCUGACAUAUUUGGUACAUAAUAAACAGUGUUUAUGUAUGAAUUGUACAGACUUGAUGUUGAAGCAUAGUCGUUGCUAUUUUACGAAUAAGAUGGUUUCUUUAUCCGACACUCACCAGAAGGUGUGGCAGGACCUGUUUUUAUCCCAAAUAGGCAUGAUAUACGAAGCAAUAGUUGUCUUUUCAGAGUCUCAGGGAGCAAAAAUUGGAUUGCAUGAUCUUCUUUUGAUAGGCUACUUAAUCUAAAUAUUUACGAUAUUAGCUCUACACUGGCUCCUAAAUCUUCAGGUGCUGAAGGCCUUAGGUGCGCAUACCGAUGUUCCUGUUCCCAAAGUUUUCUGCCUAUGCCCAGAUCCUAGCAUCAUCGGGACACCAUUUUAUAUCAUGGAGUACUUGGAAGGGCGUAUUUUUUUGGACAGCAGCCUUCCUGUAAGAUCUCAUAUAAGCUCAUAGUGCUUUAUUUACAUUUUUAGACCUACCUUUCCUUAUACUUUAAUAACCGUCAGUAGGAUUGCUGGUCACGUGGAAUGUAGUCUGUGCUUCAAUUAUUUUGUGCAUGCAGGGGCUGGCUCCAGAAACGAGGAGAGCAGUUUAUGAAGCGACCGCCAAGACUUUGGCAGCUCUGCACAGGGUCAAUGUAGACUCGAUUGGGCUAGGCAAACUUGGUCGUCGGGAAAACUACUGCAAGAGACAAGUAUCAUAUUCCACCAAGCUUUCAAUCUUGACAAAAGAUAAAUCUUAUUUUUUUAGAUAAGUUACAGUUAUUGCUGCUAAGAGAAACCCUUGAUAGACAUUAUUAUAAAUUUUGUACUGUCAAUGACCAUUAUGCGACCUACUAUUUUUCUUUUUAGUCUCAUCCUCUUAAGUAUAUGGCUGCAUGACAUCUCCUUUAACGAGAAACAUUGGAGAGAUCUCGCUACUUUGGUCUACUGAUCAUAAAGAAAUGUGCAUACACAUCUCUGAACAGAUUUUGAUAAAGUUCGGUGGUGCCUGAUUACUCACUUUUAAGCAGGCAUGUAUUUUUGCAGGGUCCACCUUAUUGUGCAAAGGAGUAGAAAAGAGGCAAUAAUUUUUUGAUAUUUAUAUCCAUAUUUUCUUUUUAUCCGGACCUUUGAUCAGCUGCUUCAUUUUUUUCCAAUAGAUUACGAUAAGUCAUUCUUCAAUGAGCGCGAAUUCUUGUAAAUUAUUGAGAAAAAAGUAAUUUUUUUGUUCUAGGUGGAAAGAUGGGAGCGGCAGUAUCUUCUUUCGACUGGUGAAGAAAAGCCAGUGAGAAAUCCUAGAAUGCAAGAUCUGGCAGGAUGGCUGAAGCAACAUAUUCCUCUUGAAGAUUAUUCUGCAUCUGCAGGAACUGGUCUUGUACAUGGUGACUUUCGGAUUGAUAAUCUAGUUUUCCACCCUACAGAGGUUUGAAUCUUUAGGAAAUCCUCUUUUGGGCCAUGGGUUAGAUAGGGAGGAUUAAGAUAUUUUAUAAAAAUAGCGGCAAUUGUAGUUUUCUGACCUCUGUUCUCGUUUCAAUUCAACUAUUUCUUUCCCGAUCUGUGUGUACAAGUAACAGUUUGUCCAACUUAAAAAAGAAACUUCUUUUCUGUGUGGAUGAUUUUCGCUAAACUGCCUCAUUAGAAAGUUCAGUAGGGUUGUUAAUCUGAUUGAACAUUCACAGAUUCUCUUACUUUAUCAUUUUCCUGCAUAAGACAUGUUACUGUUACUCAUUUCACUGUAAUUUCCUUGACGUAGUACGAAGUCAUUGGCGUUAUCGAUUGGGAAUUGUCUACACUCGGGAAUCAAAUGUGUGAUGUUGCGUACAGCACCUUGGUACGCACCAAAAUAUUUUAUGCAUUGAUAUUUUUUUCUUUUACCUUCUCUUUUGCAUCUUUUGGGGUAUACUGCAGACCUAUUUUCUUUUAUUGUCAGUUAUGUCUGACUGGUUAGCAGUAAGUUCUCUCUGGUUUUUACGAGUAGUUCAGUUCUGUCUCUGCAUACCUAAGUAGUUCAGUUGCGGCAAUUUUUCUUUAGAUGUUUAAACAUUUUUUAAUGCCCUAUGAUAUGCACAAUAUGCAAAAAUAUGUAUCUUAGGACAAGUUGGAGGAGAUAUUAAGACAACUAGGAAAGAUUUUACAUUUUAUGUGUUAAAGUUUUAAAAGGCAAAUACAGCAAGUUCCCAGACCGUGCUGUCAACACAUCGGCCUGAUAAUAAAGCUCAAUUAAUUAAUGAUCUAAAGCACAAGCUCGUGCGGCCAGAAGCAGGAGACUACAUCCGAUGUAAGCCUAUGUUUUAUGGUUUGAACAAGCUUCUAUAUCAUCAUCAUCAUCUUCAGCAGUGACGAAUCCUGGAUCAUCGUAUAACUACCAUCCCAACAUUACUACACAAACACAAUAGACCUAAAACACAAGUAAACACAAAGACACAGAUAUUUGCAGAAGUUCAGCAUUCAUAACCAGCUUUCUAUCUUUGGCUCACCCCUCCAACCCCUACCAAAAAAAAGGAACAAAGAGAAAACACCUAGAAACUUUCAAAGGCCCAACUAUCUGUGCCAAAAUAUUCACCCUUCAAUGACGAGAAUGGUUCGUUUUUCUAAAAAUUUAUUUGCGAAAAUGUAUUUAGAAGAACCUCUGACACAACUAAGUUUAUUUGUCAUCUCUUUCAGCAUUCCACUUUGGCAUUUUUUCAUUGACAUAAUCUUAGUGCAUGUGCAUUCCGCAUCCCUCCCUCCCUCCCUCCCUCCCUCUCAAAAAAAGAUACACAAAAAAAGGCUCAUGACAUACAUAAUCCCAUGUUUAAUCUACUUGGCUAGUCUUGUUUCCCAUAAGAUAGCUUCCCAUAGUCUUCUUUACCCAUGCAAAGAGUUAUCGAUUUUUUUGAAAUGGAAGUCAAGGAUGGCCUGGUUUGUUAGGACAAAGAUAUUGAUAUUUUAGUGAUGGAAACAGAAAAUAAAUCUGAACUAUUUUCUUGGCAGCACUUCAUAAUGGAUAUCACACUAAGUGCAGAAUCCCGUGGUGGGCUUCAGACUGAAGGAAUUCCUCUACAAGCGGAGUAUCUCGCUGACUAUUGCAAAGCAGCUGUAAGUAUUAAUUGGGGCUUUUUUACAUGUAUAAUUAUUUGGCUUAUGUAUGAUUUUUUCUUGUUUUAAUUAUGUUGCUCAUAAGCGUCAAGGUUACUCACUUCCUUUCUAUAACGUUUAGGGGAGGCCCUGGCCGAUGGAAAACUGGAAGUUUUAUAUUGCCUUCUCUUUGUUCCGUAUUGCAGCAAUAUAUGCUGGAGUAUAUCACAGAUGGACUAUGGUAUUUCUCUUCAGCAUGGCUUGCCACCAUGACUACUUUAAUUUCGGAGACAUAAGUGGAAUUGCUUUACAUUUUGUAGGGUAAUGCUUCAGGGGGUGAACGUGCUCAACAUACUGGAAAACAAGCCAACAGAUUUAUUGAUAUAGCCUUGGAAUUUAUCCGUCUGGCACAUGUUCUUCCCGAUCAACCUCCAUCAGGUGGCUUUCGAUUUUUUUCAUUUGACAAUCACAUUAUCCGGCAAUGUUCACCAUGUCAAUGACUGCGACUUUGUUUCCGCACUUGAACCUUGAGCUUGUUUGCAUGUAUUUAAUUUUCAUUAGAAAUAAUACAAUGCAUACUCCCUUUAAAUGAAUUUCCCUCAGACUUAAAUCCGGAGUUGCACUUCUCAUUUGGGUAUGUCUCGCUGUAUUCUUAAACAUGUCCAUUGACUUUGCUAACUAAUAUAUUAGCCGAAUUGUUAGUCAAAGUUACCACCUGCAUUGUUCAAAUGGUUAAGCUGCUAAAUAUAUAUGAUUUCUCCCAUGUGAAGCUUUUGGAUAAGGGUAGAAGUCGUUGAACGAUUCGUAUACUCUAUGCUCCUUGCACGAUAAAAAAUGAAAUCAGUAAUGAUGCUGUCGACUAAAUAACUUGUUUAGAAUCAAAGCUAAUUUUAAAGCGUGCUUUUAGGUCUUAUGCUUGAUGGAACUCUUGUGAAUGUAUUGGGUCUAGGUAUUACGUGUAUAAUGGAAUACCCACUUUUUCCCUUCAUCACACUUCACUUUCUUACGUCCUUUGGAUCAAAGGCCCUACACGUAUUUGCCCAAAUUCCCCUUCGUAGAAGAAUCAGGAACAUCGAUUUUUUUGUGAGAAUUUGGACAUCUCAUAUAGAUACUUAUUUUUCAGCAUUGGCCAAUUCUAACCCAGAACCGUGUGACUUUUCUGAGAUUAAUUGAUAAACAGCUGAUUUUGAUGGGUUUGCCUCCGUAUUUGAAGCGAAUCGAAUUUGAAUCAGUCAAUCCUAGCUGAUUACCUUUUUAGUCGAAUUGCUACCUAAUUCAGAUGAUUUGGCCGACGACAAAUAUUUAGUAGAAUCAAGGAUGACAGCAGUCUCUUGGACCAUCUAAUCUGAUUUUUGAACUCCUUUUUACUGAUAUAUUUUAUCAAAAUAGAUAAAUAUGACUUCCAAUUUUAUUCCUCUCUAUUUUUCUUUAAAAUUAUAACUCGGUGUAUAAAAAUUCUGGUUAUUAUCCAGCAUUUUAGUGCCUAAAUACUUGAAAUCAAACUUGUAUUUAUUUAUUAAAAUUCGAUUCGUCGAUCAAUUUCCUGUUCGGUUUGCAGUUCACGUAAAUAAUGACCAUCUCAUCGACAGCAGCAGGAGCAACAUACAUCAUAGUUGGCAUUAGAAUGUCACCAUUAUCUAUCACUAUGAACUUAUCCAAACGUUAUGGAGUCAAAAUCGACAUGGUGAUUUUCACCAUACAUGAUUAUAAUGUAUGUUAUUCGAUGUGACUAUGCAUGUUUAUAAUGUAUGUUAUUUCCACUACGCAGUUUCUGGAAGGCUUCAAAAUCAUUUUCAUGAAGAGAGCAGAAGUCAAUCUUCAUCCAAAGGAAGUGGAAAUUUUGUUCCCACCCAAAAGGUUUUGGAACUACGAGAUAAAUUGCUUUUGUUUAUGGAAAAGCAUAUAUAUCCUAUGGAAAGUGAAUUCUACCAACUAGCACAAUCGAAUAGACGAUGGACGAUUCAUCCAGAAGAGGAAAGAUUGAAGGAACUGGCAAAAAAAGAAGGGCUUUGGAAUUUAUGGAUCCCUGUAUGCACUUAUCAAUAUCGACUCUAUAUUAUUUAAGUUGCAUUUAUCACCUCCCUGUACCUAACCCAUCAGAUUUUUGUUGUAAGGACUCGUAACUGACUAUUUGAUGCACAGUUAGACAGCGCUGUCAGAGCAAGAAAACUUCUUCUCGAUAAUACACUGAAAACUGCUGCUAGGAACGAGCGUUUAUUGGGUGCCGGGCUUUCAAAUCUGGAGUAUGGAUACAUUUGCGAGAUUAUGGGUCGUUCUGUCUGGGCUCCUCAAAUUUUCAAUUGUGGUCCACCUGACACGGGGAAUAUGGAGGUAAGGAGUCAUUUUGAGAAGAUAUGCACGCAGCUUUUGUUUUCGUUUCUAUUGAGCACUUACUGCCAUUCUCAUGUCGAUGCUCAUUCCAUGGUAUGCCUCUACCUGUCUCAGGCCAUAGACUGCGUUUUACAGGUCUGGUCUGGCUUGUCAUAUCUUCCUAUACAAUGAUCUGGACACAUUCCAACCUAUAUUCUCGGUCUGAUACUUAUUCUGUGAUGUUUCCUGUGCCUCAUUAUGCUUACUCCAAAUUGUUGUUUAUUUUCACUUACAUUUCAUCUUCGUUCGCCGAAUCUUGGCCGAGUGUUUUUAAAACUAAAAAAGUUCUCUCGUUCAUAUUUAAUUUUUCUGAUGGUUCUUAUGGUGGAACUUUCAUAAAAAAUUCAAAAGUUAUCAAACGACCUACCACUGUCUUGUGCCCUCUACUCGAGCAAAUAUUUCACAAGUGAAACGAGCGUCUUCACGGUCUAGCUUCUAAUCUUCUUGCGUGUUAGGUACUGCUGAGGUAUGGAAACAAGGAGCAGCAGAAAGAAUGGCUCGUCCCAUUGCUAGAAGGAAACAUUCGAUCUGGAUUUGCAAUGACCGAGCCUCGUGUUGCAUCCUCAGAUGCAACCAACAUCGAAUGUUCAAUUAGACGGUAGGUCUUCUUUGCAAGCACAUGUAACCUUCUUGUUCCUACCGUUUGAUCGCUUCACUUACUUGAAUCUAAGCAUUAUGGAUGGGGAUGUUAUUUCACUUGCUUACUUAGUCCAUGCCGUAUCUUAUGUCCCAUGAAGGAUCAAUAAUGAGAACUGAUAAAAGAUCCCAAAUUUGUCAAAUUUUCUGUGGCUGGUUUAUCAGGGAUUAGUGAAAGCUUGUUCCCACCUCACACAACAUGAGAACUUGUUUGAUCUUUUUCCUGGCGGGUUAAUAAUAUGAUCCCACUAGAAAUGACUGCAUCUGCUUUUCUGCCCAACAACAGAGAAGGGAAUUUCUACGUCAUCAAUGGCACCAAGUGGUGGACCAGUGGGGCCAUGGACCCUAGGUGCCGACUUCUCAUAGUGAUGGUGAGUUUCAUCACAUUCCCAUUUUGAUUGUUUUUCUCCACCCCAUCUCUUUAUUUUGCUUAAUUUAGUACUAUGUUUAUUUCAAAAAACCCACUGAGAUGGAGAGUCUACACAGGGAAAAACAGAUUUCAAUGCCCCUAGGCACAAGCAGCAGUCGAUGAUUCUGGUAGAUGCCGAGGCCCCGGGUGUUCUCAUAAGGAGGCCACUCUUGGUGUUUGGCUUCGAUGACGCCCCUCAUGGGCAUGCAGAGAUAUCCUUCGAUAAUGUGAGGGUGCCAGUGGAGAACAUCCUCCUUGGAGAGGGCCGUGGGUUUGAGAUCGCUCAGGUGAGGGUCAAAGUUGCCCCUUUUAUUGAACCAUUGGUCCGAAGGGAUCUGUGUAAUCUCUGGAUAUUAUUAUUUUCUGGUAUAUUUCCCGCAUCUGUGUGAUUUAUGCUUGACGUAGGCGACAUCUUGGUGAAGCCCACUCAUUUGGUUCCAUGCUUGGGAUCAUCUAGGAGUUCAGGGUGGCUCACUUCUCUCCUCUCUCUCUCGCAGGGGCGGCUAGGUCCGGGGAGGUUGCACCACUGCAUGAGACUGGUUGGAGCUGCAGAGCGCGGCAUGCAGCUGAUGGUACAGAGGGCUCUGGGGAGGAGAGUAUUUGGGAAGACGAUCGCAGAGCAGGGUUCAUUUUUGUCCGACCUCGCCAAGGUGAUAUUUACUUGCGUCUUUCAUUCUAUCCUUCCUCCCCUACUUUGCUGACCAAACCGGGGUGCCCUAUACAGUGCCGCGUGGAGCUGGAGGCGACAAGGCUUCUGGUUCUCGAAGCGGCGGAUCAACUCGACAGGCUUGGGAACAAGAAGGCUCGCGGAACAAUCGCCAUGGCGAAGGUGAACCGUGAGGAUCCCCUAACUUCUGAAACUGGGCCUGCGAUAUCUUCUGCCUGACGGUUGACUUCCUGCUUUGCCGUCGCAGGUGUCGGCUCCCAACAUGGCACUGAGGGUACUGGACAUGGCGAUGCAAGUCCACGGGGCCGCCGGCUUGUCGUCUGAUACUGUUCUGUCCCACCUCUGGGCUACCGCUCGGUCCCUGAGGAUCGCCGACGGCCCCGACGAGGUCCAUCUGGGCACCAUAGCCAAGCUGGAGCUCCAGAGAGCGAAGCUAUGA